AAAAAUGCUUCCAAGUUAGGAAAAGAAACGUAUUAUAUUCAACACUUCCGAAAGUGACCGGAGCCACCUGUUCCCGCCGAAAUACGCAACACCGCGUUAUGUCUCACAUGAGGAAGAUGAGCUGAUCUUCAUCUGGGAUGGAGUUGGUCCUGUCUGCCCCGCACAGCCUCUCGGAGCCUCUCAGGAGGGGAACUCCUCUUCCUCUGGGCCAGCUGGUAGAGGAGGGCAGACCCAGAGCCAGCGUCCCUAAUCACCUACUGGAAUCAAAAAUCUAUACAAAAUUGAGGAGUAACAGCCUGAUAGAAGCAGAGCCCCCGGUGCUCCACUUCAGCGGGUUUGAUGUGGGCAGAGACUACCUGAAGGUCCUGAAACUAAUCAACAUUUCAUCCGAGGUUAUGAAUAUUCAUAUCAUUCCCACUCAGACCAAGUACUUCCAAACAACAUAUACGAAAAAGUACCGCCUCAUUCCUGGCCUGGCCUACACAGUGAAGGUUCAGUUUUGCCCCGACGAGUGGCGCUACUUCUACGACUGCAUUCGGGUUCACUGCAAGGGGGAGGAGAACCUUUUAAUUCCAGUUCAUGCUUACCCGACCAUUGAUGACCUGCACAUCCCCUCCUAUAUCAAUCUACCAGCCAUACCACUGGGACAGAGUGUCAGCCAUACCAUUCCCCUAAGCUGCAGCUGUCCCAUUGACUUUGAGUUCCAGGUGUACAUCAUCCAACACCAUGAGGCCUUCUCUGUCCAACCCCUCACAGGGGUGAUACCAGCUCAUGGUAAAGUGGAGAUCACUGUGACCUUCAGUCCAUUCCAGUACGAGACCUCUCAGGUCACCUUCCAGCUGGUCGUCUCCCAGUUCAACACCAAACCCUACUUGUGUACCAUCUCUGGAAGCUCCGCACCUCAUCUGGACAUCAGUCGUUCAGAAAAGAAGGGGGGUCCAGGGAAUGUGGCGGCUGCUGAGUACAGAGGGCCUUCACCUGCCUCCCGUGUGCCUCCCCUGAUCAAAACCAAAUCCAGGUCAACUAAGACAGCGGAUCAAUCCAAGGCUGCGAGGGACCGCGAUACCGGAGCUAAGCCACGCCCGAAGCCUCCGCUGGAUGUCUCCACCCCUGCGGGCGUGGCUAAGAUGUUGAUCAAAGGCCCGGAUAAAGUCAGCUCCAAAGACCUGAGGGAAGCCCUAUCCUGCAGCAGUAUGGUGUGUCUACAGAGCAGACAGAUGAAGGAGGCCUUCUUCUUGAAAAAGGUUCAGCAGACUGUCAAAGAGGAGAGAGCCAGCAGCCUCAGAUGGCAGAUUCACUUGGGCAAGGAUGCUGUGUCAGAGCAGACCAAGAGGCAGAUACUGGAAGAGAGAGAGAUGGCGUCCUAUGACUAUAUGGUUAAGAAAGGAGAUGUGAGGCAGGAUGGGGACUUUGCCACUGGCCCAGCCAGACUUUCCAGCAGGCGGCUGCUACUAGAAUCUGGACAGGCUCCAGAGGGAGUGCCAUCCUUUCAGCUUUACUCAGAUGAUGGUCUUGUGAGACAGAGAGCCCUCAGACUCUACCAGCAGGCAGCACGCAAGAUUGUGAUCCGCUGUCGCAUGAACCGGAGACUUGCAUGUCUGAAGAAACUGGCAGACAGUAUAAAGAGGCUGCCCACAGCCCAUAAAGUUGAGGAGGAAAAAAAUACAGGUGGCCUGAGGAUCUCCCAAGAUAAAAUAUUCCCAUUCUCUUUUCCUGUUUACUCAGAUGAGGAUGAGCUGCUGGUUCUUAAUAAUUUGGGCCCGGUGCCUGUGGACACAACUGAUGUGACUGUAAAGACUCACAUUCCCUUUGUCAAACUUCAGGUUCCCCAACACUAUAUGUUGAUGGGUUACCAGCCUGUGUCUGCUUGGGAGGCUUCUGAUAGCUACAUCCCUACCACCCUGGCCAGGCCCCUUCGCACUGGAGCACUGGAGGAUUUGUUAUCAGAGGUGGUUCUCGCCCCGUUGCCUGGCUCCAUGGAGCCCAAGGCCGAGGAAGAGAAGCAGAGGGAGGAGAAAGACGAGGACUCGGCGACAAAGGAAGCUGUUAGUCUGUCCUUCACUGCCCCCGAAGAUUUGCUUGCACCAGUCCAAGCAAACCCCCUCAGGAUCUUUAACCCAGCUCCGGGUCUCCAGACCUACAAACCCACUCCCAAAUACCUAGAAACCGAUCCAGAAUUUCACCUCUGCCCGCUUCCCAGGUAUGCACCUCUUGACAGCAAAGUGAGUGGCAUCAAGACUCCAAACACCCCGAAACUUCUGGAUCACAAGGAAGUGAUCAAAGGGGUCAUGACCUGGAGGAAUUUUAACUCCGCCUCCUUGAACUGGUUGUCCGACUUGCCCACUCUCACCAGUGACGUGGCCCCACGCAGUUCUGUGGACUACAGUAUGGACAUACUUCCCCUCACCGCUCCUCCUCCUCUUACCAGCCUCCCUGAUGACAUGGCGGGACUAGUGGGCAACGCGUCUGAAGAUUCAGGAGCACUCCUGACACCAGAAAUGAUCAGAGCAGAAUUCCUGGAAGGGGAGACGUCGCUCUCCAGCAGUGCAAGAAUGACCUGCUGGCAGCAGAGGGAGCAUCAAAUAGAAGCAUCCUAUGUCUCUGAGCUGAACCAGAUAAUAAGAGGGUGCUGGCCAGGCUGGACCGUUCUUCGGGCCGCGGGCAGAGACACCACCUCCCCUGAAGAGGCCUGCCAAUAAACCUGCACUCCAACACAACCCCGUAGACAGGCAAACACACAAACAAAACACUCAUACAGCUAAAUACAUAGAUUGUCUCCUCAGUCGCACACAGAUGCAGUCAAGCUACCCCUCUCUCACAUGCCCACGGACAAGCAGAAACGUACAACUUGGCUAAAGCCUGACCUACACAGGACUACAAACACACACCCCCCCACCUCCCACACA